AUGCUAACCAAUAUAUGUUCCGGCGAUCAGGGCUCAGAAUACACGUACAUGACGGCUGUUCAGUCCCCGAUGCUUUGCUUAGCCAGCCUGUUAUCUACCAACUGCCGAAUCUUAGGUGAGAAUCAUAUCAUGGCGCUUGGCAAUGCAUGGUCGUCUGCGUCUGUUGCUGCAGAGCUGGGUCGCUGUCCUGCGCUCGGCCCUGCUGCUGCCUUAAAGUUACUGCCUGAACCUUGA